CGGAGCGCAGCGGGGCCGGGGCCGCUCACACCGGCGGCGGCGGCGGCGGCGGGGCCAUGAAGGUGAAGAAGAGCAGCGGGGCCGGGACCGGGGCGGCGGCGGCGGCGGCGGCGAGGACCGAGGAGGAGCUGGGCCGCAAACCGCUCAUCGGGCCCGACGACGUGCUGGGGCUGCAGCGGGUCACCAGCGAUUAUUUGUGCACUCCAGAGGAAAAUGUUUACAAGAUAGACUUCACCAGGUUCAAAAUUCGGGACAUGGAAUCUGGCACAGUCUUGUUUGAAAUCACCAAACCAGCAGCUUCAGACAACUGUGACGGAGCUUUACUUUGCGCUUUUCCAGAACGUGAACACAGUGACAGGAAGGACAUUGACCCCAAUGCUGGACGGUUUGUACGCUACCAAUUUACCCCAGCUUUUCUUAGACUUCGGCAAGUGGGAGCCACGGUGGAGUUCACAGUAGGGGACAAACCCAUUAAUAAUUUCCGCAUGAUUGAGAGGCACUACUUCCGGGAUCAGUUGCUCAAGAGUUUUGAUUUUGAAUUUGGGUUCUGUAUCCCCAGCAGUAAAAAUACUUGUGAGCACAUCUACGAAUUCCCACAGCUCUCUGAGGAUCUCAUUCGAGAGAUGAUCCUUCAUCCAUACGAGACACAGUCGGACAGUUUCUACUUUGUAGACAACAAGCUCGUGAUGCACAACAAGGCAGAUUAUUCAUACAGUGGAGGACCUUGAGCACAGGAUGGACAGCCAACCUGUGCUGACCUUCCCUUUCCUAUCGAAGUUGUCAGGGAUACCAACACCUUCAGUUCUGUUGCCUACAAUGUCAACUGGACAAGGAUCCACAAACCAAGGACUCUGCCACAGUAGGAGUUUCAUGACUAAAUUUGCCAGUCUCAUCUUCUUUGAGCUUUGAAGCAGAUCCAAUCCUUCAGAACUUUAAGCGGUUCUACAAUGCUAAAUGAUCUUUGGAUACCACUUCCCUAAGUUCUUUAAGUGUCUGCUUUGAUAAUGGCCUUGUGGGAACUGGGGCAUUUUGCCCUAAUUCUGCGGAUUUGUGAUCUUGCCCUCAAGUAUCUUUUAGGACGUGAUUGCUUUCUCAAACAGUGUAAUCUGAGAAACCAUGUGAGUGGAUGGAUGCAAAUGCAGAGUUUUGUUUAUUUGUUUUUCAUUGUGAAUGCUUCAAAGGUAUGGCCAAUUUAACUUGCACAUCCAGUUGAAAAUGUCGGGCAUAACAUCUUACAAAAGCAAGUUUCAUCUUCAGAUUAGUUCUGUAAAUACAUAUCUCAUCCUUUAGUUUUGUUCCUUCUAUGUUAUAUUCUGUUUAAUCUUGGAAACACUGAAACUCACAAUGAAGACCAGCAGUUCAAUGACAGAGGUGUUUUUAAUCAGGUACUGUCCUUUUACAUUUCAGAUGAAGGCAAAAUAGCACUGGGAGUCUGUGAACCUCUGUAAGCGUUUUUCGUUGAUUUCCAUUUUUGUAAACUGAUUGCAGAAUAAUCAGGAAAAAUUGAAGGAUUUUAGCUUUAUUUAACAUUUGUACAUAGCUAACAUUCAGCCUAUUCAUGCUAUAUGUUUUCCAUGUCUAUUUUCUUUCAUCUCUGCUCAAUACUAAGAUAAGGGCUUCAGCACUGCUUGUUAGAGCAAUGCUUUCAUUUGUCUAGGGCAGUUGGAGAGUGUGGAAUUUCCAGUUUUCCAUUUGUAUCUGAAUUUGAAGAAUGUUAUGACAGUGUUUCCCUUUGUUAAAAAUGUUUCGCAUCGGAUAUUAAUACAGGUGAAACAGUAAGCCUAACAAUGUAGGACCUUAAGGCACAGCAAAAAUUUGGCAAGAGCUCUCUCUUCAGACUCUGUAAGAAAUUGAAGACCAAUUUUUCCCAAGUUACUCAGCAUGUGCUUCUUGGAAAGACAGAAGUGCAGAGAAGUAGCAACAUCAAGAGUCAACUAGUGUAUGCAAAACAAAACCUGAGGAGGCUGUGUGGGGUAGCCUGUUGUCAUGAAACCCUUACUGUAAAGCUCAGUUCACUGAUACUUUAAGAAAAAUAAAAGGCAGUUGCAGUUUGUAGAUAUUUCUAUAAAUACUUGGUGUCUCCAUGUCUAAUUCUGUGAGUUUAAGUGGAACAUUAUAUGUUAGACUCAGAUAGGUGUGAUUGUAAUAAUUUUUAUAAAAUACCAUUUUCAGUCAUGAUUAACAUCUUUCUAGUCACAGCCUAAGUGAAACAGAACUACAAAUGGUUCCAACUGUAGCCAUCUGCCUAAGAACAGGGAGGUUUUUGUGCUUUUACUGGGGUUGUGAUCCCUAUUAAAUGUGUUACCAUUUGUGUUUGGCUUGGCUUGCUUUACUUCUGAAAGAGGAUUCAGUUUUCUAAAGAAAAUUCAGUGAGGUUAGGUUACGGCACAGAAUUUUUAAUUAAGAUUGAUAGCUAAGAAAGUACAUAAAGUUCACUGAUAUUACACAACUAGUAUCUUGUAGUAAUUAUUAUCACAAUGAGACUUGUAUUUAUUACUACUUUUUGUCUCUAGUGUAUUAAAUCACACAAUUAGCCUAUGGCUGACUUGUCUAUUUGAGAGUUACAAAAAAUUUCCUCAUUAUUUGUACAAUGCUUUGAGCUACUGAUCAUUGAAUUUUAUAGCACAAUAAUUACUAAAGGUGAAAAUAGUUUCAAAAUGUCUAGAUCUUCCCUUUUUUUUUUUUGCAUCAGAGCUGUUAAACUAUCUAUAUAUUCAGUAACAUUUUGCAAGUUUAAGUAUUUAUGAAUUUUGUUCCAACUCUUGAAGGAGAAAAUAUACCGAUUUUAAGACAGAAGAGAGCGUAUGUGUUUAUAACUGGCACCCUAUACAGGUUUUUUGGGGAUACGAUUCAACGCUCACCUGAUGUUCAUAAUAAUCACUUCUGUGCAUAAGAUUUUUAAAAGAUUUCUAGCAAUGGUGCUUGCCCAGAAUUGCCAGUCAUACAUUUCAAACAGAUGUACAUCUCAAACAAAUACACAUCUCAGUAUAUUUUGGUGAGAGCAGUUGUACUUUGGUGCAGACUCUAGUGUUAUGGUACUGAGUCUCCUCUCUAUAGCAUAUGAUUGUCUGUGUCAUGUUGUGCUCCUUUUUUAUGCUACCUCCUUUUAAAUUUUGGACUUCAAAACCAAAAGUAAUUCCCUAAAUAUAUUACUGUAAUUAAUGAAAACUUGAGUGGUAGACAUGCCCCUUUAAAAAAGAACCUGCAGAAAGUUACCUUGUUCCCAACAGUGCAGUAUAUUGUUGAAAGGACUUUCUGACACGCUCCAUUUAUGGUGGGUCUGAGGUUAAACUAAGAGGAUGAACUAUCAGCCACUGACCUCCUGAAUUCUGCUAGCUGUUCUGAUAAUUCAGAUUCGAUUAUUAGGAAUACUUUAAAAGAGAAACGAAUAUUGGACGUUUUCAAUAAAAUAAAUUUCAACCUAUUUUAGCUUUAGAUUUUCAGUUUGCUACUAAUAACAAGUUCUGCUUCUUAAACCAAGGCAAAGAACAAAACUUUCUGUGGAAAGUGUAAUGAAGGUGCAUUUUUCUGUAUUCUACUGCAAGAGGUAUCACUGUUAUAUCUAUUUCACUUGGAAACAGGUUAUUUGUAUUUCUUUAAGGGCAUCUACGUCCACAAUAUUUGCAAACUUGUGGGAAUCACUGUCCAGGGGAGAGGUUCCAUUCCUUUUGUACCCGUUUAUGCAAUGGUAUAAUGUGUUGUGUUGACAUUAUAUUGUUGCACAUACACAGCACUAGAAGAAUAUUUCUUCAAAAACUUUUGCAGUACAGUUGCUGCUCUAAUGCCACUUCUGUCCUUGUUUUGCAUUAAAACUGUGUGCGAAAUUUAAUGUUAGACCACACUUUGUACAACACUGAAUAACUUCAGCUUUCAUCUGAAAGAGCUCUCAGGUUAGUUGUAAAAUGAAACCCAUGUUUUUUCCCCUUAAAUUGUCAGCUGAUUCUUAUUAUAAACCAGUUGAAAAUAAAAUCUUAACAGCAUUGUUCGCAGAAGAAUUUGUUAGUCUCCUUGACUAGUUAUUAUUUUGUAUUUUAGUAUUUUUGAUUUACUUUGAAAGUUCAUCUACAAAAUCACCAAAUAUUUGCUGUAGAAAAAUAAUUCUUGUAUUUUUUCUUUGGUCUCAUUUUAAAAAUUAUUUUAAUUAGCAGUACAUCUUUGUUUUAAUGAGUCAGUCUGGAAAUUUGGGAUCUGACUUUCUGAAAGUGAAAGAAAACAUCUGAGAGCUAACCAAGAUUAUCUGCAAUUAAUGACUAUCUGUUUCCUGUCAUAAAACAGGAUUAUAUGUGUACUUUACAAGGUGAGUUAAGCUUGGAAAAAGAAACUAAGUCUCUGUGAGUGCUAAUACUGACAUAAUUUUUCUGAGAGACAAGGAAGUUAUAACUCAACACAUUCUUUCAUUUCCUCAGUCUCGGAUUCCUUUAAACCUCUAGGUUUUUUUAAAGAAAAGCAACAGCAAUGCAUUUGUGGUUAACUGCCAUGCUGCAUGGUCUAGUAAUUCACAGACUUCAGUGGCAGAAAGAGAACAGUUUAGUUUUAAAAUUAACACAUUAAGUGCAACUAUGGUUUAAAUUCUAGAAACUUUGUUCUCAGAUCAGUGACAAAAGCCAAAAUGGUUUCUGUGAAUGUAUCCUUUAUGUGGUGACAUUUAUGAAAUAACUGAAUAAUCCACUCUCCCUGAUUCAGAAGAAUUUUUAAAUUUUUUAAUUUAAAUGUAGAAAGUGUCUUCAGGUUUGAAAGCAAUGUGUUGGGGUUUAGUUCUUGCUCAUAAUCUCUCUCCAGGCCUUGUUUUUGGGCAGGUCAGUAAGACAGCUCUAUUUGCCACCUCCGUCCUCCAUUUGAGUUUCAUUUCAAAAACUUGUAUAGAGUGUCAAAGCAGUGGCUGACUGUGUGAAACAUCGCAGGCUACCAAGUUCCAAAUUCCUUUGUUUUGAGCAAACGGACUAUUGAAGUAUACUGAGAAACAGUGCUACAUGUUGACCCAUAAAAACUAAAUUCCAGUCUUCAUAACAAAAACUGAAGGGAACUCUUAUUCAUGCAAAGAUUAUUUGGGGGCUAUUUAAGGUGAGAAGAUGCUAAUACCUAACUCUCAUACUUAAUAAGUAUUAUAAAAAUGUUCUGUUGAUUAUUCAUAACCUGAAAAAAUAUCGUUAACAGCUCAAUUUUAAUUAGAUCUGGUUAGGAAUUAAACUAUAGAGAUUAUUGCUAUCCCUUACAGGGGGGUGGGGGUGGAAGAGCAACUAGAUCUGUAAGUGUUGCACAGAAGUUAGACACCUGCACUGACUCUAAUGGUAGAAGUUAUCUUUGGGAAAAAAUGAGGGAGAGGGACAAGGACGGGAAUAAGAAUUAAUUUCAGCUAAUUGGAGCCAAGAGCUUUAAGGCCGUGGUAAGUGUAAAUGCUUUUUCUCUUGAGAUAGUUGCUAGAUUCUGCUAGUGGUUCUUUUCUGUACCCCCAGCGAAAGCACUACCUAUAUUUAUACAAACAUUUCGCUGUUAAUCAGAUAAUAAAGCUCACUGACAAUUCAUACCAUUUUCUAAACGUGGAAAUAGAUUUUAAGAGUGUGAUAAUCUAGGCCUCAAGUUGCAGCUCAGUUGUUUUCUAAAUCAGAGGGCAGUCUGAGGGGCGAGGUUGUGUGUUUGUGUUCACAAGCUGUAGUUAACUGCCUCCCUAGAAUCACUGUGUUAAUGCCUACUGUGAUGUCUGCUUGUAUCUUACUGCUACACUGAGAAAACCUGUUUGAAUGUGACAUUGACUUUUUUGCAUAGAAUUGUCUGUAUUAAAAUGUAUUUAUAAAAAAAUAUAUUUUUUGUGGAAAGAAAGUAGGAUUCUAGUUAAUAUACCACUGGGAAAAUGUUAGAAACAUUUGUACCAAUUUCAUUUAUAAUUCUUUGUAUCUUGUUAGUUACCUGAUUUAUUUCCUAUAAGAACAUCCACUGUGGCCGGUUUAGUGGCAAUGCAAUGCACUGUCAUGCAGAGAAUCUGGUUUUCAGAAAACUGGGAGUCUUUUGUUUCCUUUUGGGACAGUAGGAAACCAAGUUGCCAAGAGAAAAAGGAACCUUGGCAUUGAAUCCACUUCUGUGGCUUUGGCUUGAGUAACUAGUCUGUUUGACUUGUUUGCAGAUAGAUAAGUAGCGAGAGCAAAGAUUGAGACUUGAGGAUAAAGAAAAUUAGAUGCUACAAUUUAGUCUUCCUGUAGGAGAAGGAGAGUACUAAAAUUAAUUUAUACAAGGGUUAAAUAGGGAGUACACUUGCUUAAAAUUAUUUAAUAUUGGCAGCUUAGUCAUAAAUGUGCAUACUAGGGAAUAUACUUAACUUUUUCCAUUACCUCGGAAAAUGGUUAAAAAACAUGUCAUUUUCAUUAGCAAGUGUUUCUUCUCCUGUAACAAAUUGCAAAAUGUAAAAAACCUAAAUAAAUUAUUGAUCCUAGAAA